AUGGCGAAUCAUGGUGUUGUUAUCCUCAAGGCUGCAUUUGCAGCUUGUCUCUUACGUCCGGAUCCUACUUCGGUUCCUCACGAUGAGAUAAGCGCGUUUCACACCUCCCUCGAGCGCGCGCUGUCGCAUUGCUCUCCAGCCAACAUUCAGACCUGUAAAGCCUGGUUGCUUCGUUUUGUUGCGUUUUCAUCUAAUAGGGUUGGGGGUCUGGUCAAUUACCUGGAAGCUCUCGCUGCGUCCUUCCCACCACCACAGCCCACUGGAUCCAAACUUUCGCCAAAGCGCCAACGCCUCCACAUACUCUACUUGCUUAAUGAUCUGUUGCAUCAUUGCAAGUACCAUCUAGGCACCCCUGCAACCUUCUCCACAGUGAGCGGGUCCCUGCAGCUGCAUCUCGUGAACUUGGUCGGCUACGCAGCGACCUGUGAUCGCCAAAAGAACCCACGCCACCAUCGACGGCUAGAUGAUCUACUAGAUCUCUGGUCUGAGCACGAAUACUUCCAUCCCGAGUUGGUCAACAAGCUUCGGGAAGUUGUGACUAUGGGGGUGCCACUGCCUUCAAACGAUGCGGCCAACGAGCUGAACCCGGCCAAGAACAAGAAUGUGCCUUUUAUCAUGCCAUUUACACAUGGAGAUCCAUCGACGCGUUGGCACGAAGUUCGUGCGGGCAACAUUUAUCCUCACAUUAUUCCCGACUCGGCUAUUCCCAUCCGGCCUGAGGCCAUCAAACCGAUACAACUACUAGCAGGUCCUGCCGACGCAAAGGCGGUGGAAUCCCUCAAAGACUUUCUCAGUGAUGUGAACAAGCUCUUCGACCCGGAAAUCCCUGGCGAUGAUAGACAUACCGACAUCGAUCAGCUCGGCCAGACAGUGAUCCGGGGGAGAACACAGGUGACAUCCUCGAUGGCGAACACUACCACGGAUGGUCCCUUGAAUUCUGUCAACCCGCAGAUACAGACACCGAGGACUCGCGCGGCCGAAGUCGCAGCCGUAGCCGCAGUGAAUCACGAACUAAUAACAAGCGCCGACGCUACAGCGACAGCUCCACGAGCCAGUCCGAGUCACAAUCUCCAAAUGGAUCACGAUCAUACAGACAUGGGUUCCGUCGUCGCAAUGACGCACGACCAAGAAGCCGUUCUCAACAGCGCUCACGAAGCCGCGAAAGCUCAUACACACCUCGCGAACCGCCCACUUCACACUUCCCGCCCCCUCACCAGCCUCAACACGCCUCCGCACCCAUCAGCUCCUUCCCCCCUACUCAUCCCUCCAGUGGACAAUAUCCUCAUCCUCCCAUGGGUAUCAACACCGGCUAUCCUCAAGUACCUGCACCCAACUACGGUUCUUGGCCUCCGCCUCCUCCGCAUAUGCCGACAAUGCCCUUCCCCCAACCCGGAUCCGGGUCCUCGUCAUCAGCAUUCCCUCCUCCAUACCAUCACCAUCCUCCUCCUAUGCCGCAUGGACAGAACCAGGGACAAAACCAGGGACAGCGACAGGGGUACGGCAUGCCCCCGGGUCAGUAUCACUUCCCUCCUCCUUAUUCUGGGGGUCAGCAAGGUGGGCCAUGGGGACCUCCUCCUCCUCCCCCCCAGGGUGGGCGCGGCUGGCAAUAAACAUGUGCACAUGAAACGAUGUAAGAGUUAUGUUUGA